AUGAGAGGUAUUUUAAUAAGCAAGCGACAGAACAAAAAGCUGGGAAAUGUCAUGGCAUCGAAACAGUUUGGUGAAAACUAUGCUGAGAGAAAAGGAGACCUCGAAGAGGGACUGUACCACCUUCUUCUGAAACUCCGCCAGGAAGAGAUAUACGAUACGUUGCUUGUCUAUGGAGAAGAUUGCGUUUUCCAUUCCCUCUCCGGACGUUUGGAUGUGCCCACCGUUUUAGUAUCUUCGGGUAGCACAAAAUUUGAUUGGAGUUUCAGCAGCCUGACUAUGAUACUCAGUUGUGGUCCCGAAGAUCAAAAAGAGGAUAACUAUCGCACUGUCAAAAAACUACAAAGAAGCAGGCGAUUGAUCUACUUACCAGAGGACAUUCAGCCGAUUUCUGUAUGCGAUAGCUAUUCCCAAAAAGAGCAAUAUAAUGUGGCUAUGGUAAGAGAAGACUUCAGAAUAACGGGAAUGGUAUACGCCUGUCGCUUUCUAUCACAUCCCAACCUUGAAGAAAUAGAUGUACUGAAGGGAGACUCCAUUUUUAUUGAAAACUUUCGGAAUAUGCAUCGAAAACCGAUCACAGCAGUAGCAGAUCUAGUGGCUCCCCGAUCCAUGGAGUAUGUGGAUCCAAGGAGCGCAGAAAGAAGGCUAUCGGGCUAUGUGGCCAAUCUGAUGAAUACAUUCGCUCAGAGGAUAAAUGCCACAUUGCAAUAUGACACCCUAAGUAGCAAGGUAAACUUUAAAGAUAUAAUAAGGAGGAUUAAGGAUGAUGAUGAGCUUGAUAUUGGCAUUUGUUUGGAGGCCUCAGUUUUUACCAAUGGCCUUGAUACCGCCAGUUAUCCAUUCUUGUUGACCAAUUACUGCUUAAUGCUCCCGAUUCCCGCAAAGUUGCCAUUUAAUCGGGUGUAUGCCAUCAUAGUUGACCGCCUCGUUCUCGUUAUAAUCUUUGUGCUUUUCUGUCUGCUCUCCAUUCUGUUAGUUUACAGUCAGAAAAGGAAUCUGAACUUGGCCAACAUUCUGCUAAAUGAUAUAACCAUACGCGGUCUAUUGGGUCAAUCGUUCCCGUUUCCUUCAAACGCUAGCAAACAUCUGAGAAUAAUAUUUUGCAUUCUGUGCUUUGCCAGCAUUAUGAUGACCACCAUGUACGAUGCCUAUCUGCAAUCGUAUUUCACAAAUCCCCCGACGGAUCAUGAAAUUCGUUCAUUCAAGGAUAUUGGAAAGUAUCAUCAGAAGAUUGUUAUGGCCGAGGUUGAAAUCACAUCGCUGAAAAUUACGAAUAAUUCACAAUUUGCCGAAAUAAACAAAGAGGACCUUGUCAUCAUUGAGGGAUGGAAGGAGUAUCUGAACUUCCGCGAUACUCUUAAUCUCACCUACGGCUAUAUGGUAACGGAAGAUCGUUGGAGCGUCUAUGCAGAGCAGCAGAAACUCUUCAAGAAGCCCAUUUUCUACUUCGCAAAGGACCUCUGUUUUUCCCGGCAACUGUUUAUGUCAAUUCCACUGAGGCGACAAUUGCCUUACCGUCACCUCUUCGAAGAUCACAUGAUGCGACAGCAAGAGUUCGGCUUGGUCAAUUACUGGAAGAGCCACAGCUUCUUCGACAUGGUGAGAAUGGGCCUAACGCCCAUCAAGGACCUAAGUCCACCAACGGUGUACGAUACAAGUCUACUCCUGCAGGAUGUCUCCUGGAUUCUUAAAAUGUAUGUAGUCGCCAUAACGCUCAGUAUCUUUUGCUUUUUAUUUGAGAUUUUAUAUGCGGGAAGCCGAAGAUUAAUAAACAACGAGUGCUAA